AUGGUGGUGGUGCUUGGAUUUGGGUUGAUCUUUCUUAUUUUUAUAUUCAGGUUUUUCCAUCUAUGGUACUAUCCCCAAGCUAACAUUGAGAUCUUUGGCCAGGGAUUUGUCACUUGGACAAUUACCUGUUAUUUUGUUUACACGCCAUUCUUGUUUAAUUUGUCACGUUGGCUCAAAGACGUUGUCACUGCUGCAGCUGCUGAUGGGAAGUCUGCCUAG